AUGGUACAAAACCUCCAAGUCCGUGUUGACCAAGGCAACGCGACCAUGUCCCAUCCACCAUCGGCGGAGAGUUACUUCAGAGAACCUACCUCGUCCACAGUGGCGUCGCUGGAAAUGGCUCGCUCCAACCUUGUAUAUCCGGCUCGAAUCCUCCUUCUCGGGUUGCAUGCCCUUGGAACGGUCUUUGGUUUGGCAUAUAAUUCCAAGACACCUGACUUGUAUCGCAACAGCUCACAUCAUGCGCUUGCUUGGACCUUGACCGCGUUCGCUGUGUUGGAGUCAAUUGUCAGGAUCAUGAGAAGUUUGUCGCGGUCUCGGUCCGUCAAAGCCACCUUUGGUGGGAGUCACGAAGAGCAGCCGCUUGUUUCGUCUGCCAGACAUUUUCAAGAAAGCGAGGAGUCUCUCGAUCACGACCACAUACACGCCAUAGAACAGAACUAUUUCACACCACGGAGGGAGCCUCGAAGAAAUGGGACUAAUUCAAUAAGAACCGACUCGCACAAUCGGCGUAACUUUUCUCUACGUCCUCCCCGCCGCGCAGUUGAUAGGCGGUAUGGACGGCUCUUCUCCUUGAUCAGGGCCAAAAGAUGGACCGAGAUGAUUGCCUCCCAGCGGUUUGUUCCUCUUGCGGCACUCACGUCUGGCUUUUUCGCCGUGGCAAUGACGGUCCUAGCAUUUGUUGCUUUCUGCACUGGAAUCGUCACCAUGGCUGGAAUAUUUCAUGGAGAAAAUCUCUUGAACGGCUUGGCUCAUUUCAUCAAAGGCGGCGUCUUCUUCUUCUUCGGCAUCAUCACCUUACUUCGCUUCGUUGGCUCCCUGUCUGGGCUUGGCUGGGCGUGGAAUCUCAAAGGCUCGGGUGCUUCAUCUCGGAACUGGCAUCGCUCCGUCACCAUGGAAGGGCUUGAAUGCUUACUCAUCUUCAUCUACGGAAUCAGCAAUGUUUUUCUCGAACAUCUCUCUGCGUGGGGAGAGGCGUGGACGGCGCAGGAUCUCGAACAUGUCGCCAUAUCGCUCUUGUUCAUUGGUGGUGGGUUGUGCGGCAUGAUGGUUGAGUCCCGGACGGUAUCUUGGACAUCGUCGUUUCAAAAUACCAGCACAGACAGAGUCGCUCUCGAUUCGAACGAAAAGCAGACGUUGACACCCGGAUGGUCGACCAACCCCAUCCCGGCCAUGAUUAUCUUCCUGUUAGGCACAAUUCUUGCGGGCCAUCAUCAAAACAGCUCGGAAUCUACCAUGAUGCACAAAUGGGUGGGUAACUUCCUCACCGCAGCAUCGGUGGCGAGGAGUCUCACGUAUCUAUUCCUCCACAUUGCCCCUGCGAGAUCUCGAUCACCGUCACGACCACCAACCGAGCUCGUCACGUCGUUUUGUCUCAUGUGCGGAGGUCUGAUGCUCAUGGCCAGUAACAGAGACACGGUCGAUGCGAUGAUGGACAAUGAGCUGAACGCAAUGCUAGUGGCCUCGGUCAUGAUGGGCCUCACGGCUGUUUUAAUGGCGUGGUGUUUGGCCGUCGUUGGUAUCAAGGAGUGGGCGCAAAAGGGGAAGGGGAGAUAUACAGAAGAACAGGGAGAAAUGGCUUUGGAGUGA